AUGUCUGAGAGAAGACUCCUUCCCCGGGAUGAUGACCAGGGUUCCCUGCUGUCCAGACUGGGCACCGACAGCCCCAAACCCCGAGUCAAAUUCGGAGGAAUGUUCUGUAACAUCGAAGGGGCUUAUGAGAACAAAACCUUAAAUUUUGAGUCGUACAGCCCGAGUUCAGUGAGGAGGAACCCUGGGGGACGAGUGGACGACCAGAGGGACAGUUUCAGCGACACGUCCAGCAUCAGUGAGUUCAGCAGCGCCAGCCACGCCGCUCCCAGCCGAACUUACGCCGGCGGGUCACGCGCACAGACGCUCGUGCACACCAUCGGAACCGCGCGCGUGCACAACGGCAGACGAGAGAGUGAUAAACUCAUCAUUAAAGGUGGAAAAAUCGUGAAUGAUGACCAGUCAUUUUAUGCCGACAUUUAUGUUGAAGAUGGAAUCAUUAAGCAGAUUGGAGAGAACCUCAUCGUACCCACCGGUGUGAAGACGGUGGAUGCAUAUGGACACAUUGUGAUCCCAGGAGGCAUCGAUGUUAACACGUGUCUACAGGCUCCUCAUCUGGGCAUGAGUCCAGCAGACGACUUCUACCACGGCACCAGAGCCGCUCUGGCUGGAGGAACCACCAUGAUCAUCGAUCAUGUAGUUCCUGAACCGGGCUCUAGUUUACUGUCAGCGUUCGACCAGUGGAAGGAUACGGCGGAUAAGAGGUCGUGCUGCGAUUACUCUCUGCACAUUGACAUCACACGCUGGCACGACGGCCUGUUUGAGGAGCUUGAGUCUCUGGUCAAAGAUAAAGGGGUCAACUCUUUCCUCAUCUUCAUGGCUUAUAAGGACAAGUUUCAGAGCUCUGAUACACAGAUCUAUGAGAUGUUUAGUGCCAUGAGAGAACUGGGUGCCAUCGCACAGGUUCAUGCUGAAAACGGAGACAUCAUUGAGGAGGAGCAGAAGAAGCUUUUGGAUCUGGGAAUCACUGGACCCGAGGGACACGUUCUGAGCCACCCAGAAGAGGUGGAAACGGAGGCCGUGUACCGAGCCAUCACUAUCGCCAAACAGGCAAACUGCCCUCUUUAUAUCACCAAAGUGAUGAGCAAACCUGCUGCAGAUCUCAUCGCCAAGGCCAGGAAAAAGGGAAUGGUCAUCUAUGGAGAGCCAAUCGCUGCCAGUCUGGGCACAGACGGGUCACACUACUGGAGCAAAGACUGGGCAGAAGCUGCUGCAUUUGUGAUGUCUCCUCCUCUGAACCCGGACACCAGCACACCGGAUUACCUCAGUUCACUGCUGUCCUGUGGAGAUCUUCAGGUAACAGCCAGUGCAAACUGCACCUUCACCACCGCACAAAAAGCUGUAGGAAAAGACGACUUCACCUUCAUCCCAGAGGGAACCAACGGCAUCGAGGAGCGCAUGAGCAUCGUCUGGGACAAAGCUGUGGCCACGGGUAAAAUGGAUGAGAAUGAUUUUGUGGCUGUGACGAGCACAAAUGCUGCCAAAAUCUUCAACUUGUAUCCUCGGAAAGGCCGAAUCGCUGUUGGAUCUGAUGCCGACAUUGUUAUCUGGAACACAAAGGAGAUCAAAACCUUUUCUGCCAAAACCCACCAUCUGACAGUGGAGGUGAAUAUUUUUGAGGGCAUGGAGUGUCGUGGUUUCCCCGUGUUGGUGAUCAGUCAGGGCAGGAUUGUUCUAGAGGACGGGACACUCAGUGUGAUGGAAGGUUCGGGACGCUUCAUCCCCAGAAAAGCCUAUCCGGACUAUGUGUACAAGAGAAUCAAGGCCCGCGGCAGGAUGGCUGAUGCUCGUGGCGUUCCUCGAGGAAACUAUGACGGUCCUGUUCAUGAUGUCAUCAGCAUGACUAAAUCUGUUCCUGCCACUCCCACCACUAGAGGGCCCUCAUGUCCAGGAAAGACCCCGCUAGGCCCGACCAGAAAUUUACACCAGUCUGGAUUCACUUUAUCUGGCACUCAGAUGGACGACCACAUCCCCAGGCGUACGGCACAGAAGAUCGUAGCUCCACCUGGAGGCCGUUCUAACAUCACAUCCCUGUCAUGAAGCUCCAAACGCAGCAGCUUCCUCUUUUACAUCAUCAAAUAUUAAUCCCAAUAAUUCGCCAUGACCAAUAGGCUAUGCAGCGACUCAAUAUAGCUCUCCAUAUUCACUCUAUUAUUCUGCUCAGACUCACUCAUAAUGUAGCAUGUUCUUCCAUCGGAAUUACCCACAAUCCAUCCUGCUUUACCGUAGCAUUGAUGGCGUGGAGACGGAUAUAGUGGUUGUCAUGUGUUUGUGAACUAAAUGAAUGGAUCUCAUUCUCAUGGAAGUUUAUUUGCUCUGUAGAUUCAUGAAUUCAAAGUUGCCUUUAUAUAUUAUUAUUUUACAAUUCUGACUUUUUGGUAGGAAACUCA